UGUGAGAGAUCGAGAACGAUGGGGAAGAUGAAUUGUUCAAUCGGAUUAUGUGACAUGCAGACGAUGAUCCAUUGUAGCAUAUUCAUCUUCUUCCUGGGAGGAUUGUCAACUAUGAGCUUUUACAGAAACAAUAAACAAGAUGUUGCAAGUCACGACAUUACUGUUACUUUUACAAAUGCGAUUACACGAGUUUUCGAUCAUCAGGGAAAGUUAAAGAGUCCACCACUGUCCUUAUCAGGCACCUGUGAUUUGUUCUCCGGCAGAUGGGUUCAUGAUAACAAGAGUUAUUACCCUUUGUAUAAAGAACACGAAUGCCCUUAUCUGGAAGAAAAUUUUGCUUGCCAAACUUAUGGCAGAAAGGAUUCUAAAUAUCUGCAAUGGAGGUGGCAACCCCAUGGCUGCGACUUCCCUAGGUUUGAUGGGAAAACAAUAGUAGAGAGAUUAAGGGGUAAAAGACUAUUGUUUGUGGGCGAUUCACUAAACAGAAAUCAAUGGAAUUCGAUGAUUUGCAUGCUUCAUUCAUCUAUCCCAGGGGUCAAGAGGGCUGGUGGAGGUCUCAAGGGUCACUUGCACACUUUCAGGGCCAGUGACUACAACAUCUCAAUUGAUUUCUACUGGGCUCCAAUGCUUGUCGAAUCUAAUGGCGAUAAUCCAAAGAACCAUCACGCGGGUGAUUAUAGAAUUGUUGGAAUCAAAGCCAUUGAAAAACAUGCUAGACAUUGGGUGGAUGCAGAUAUACUCAUCUUUAAUUCCUAUCAUUGGUGGAGAGUACCGGAGGUGAAGCUCUUAAAGAGUGGUGCAUCUUUGUUAUAUGACACUAUUCAAGAGUAUGAAGAAGUAGAUAGUCUUCGUGCCUACAAUAUGGGUCUCAAAACAUGGUCCGAUUGGGCACAUACCCAUAUUGAUCCUUCCAAAACGAAGUUGUUUUUCAUGGGUGUUACAGCAACUCAUUCGAGAGCUAAAGAAUGGGGAGGCAUGAAAAAGAUGAAUUGCUAUGGAGAGACAGAGCCAGUAAUGGAUGACACAUUUUGGGAAAGAAAAAUAGAUCCAAAAAUGUUGAGUAUACUAGAGUCAUCGUUGAGCAAAUUGAAAGCGAAAGGAGUGAACGUACAGAUUAUAAACAUAACACAACUAACACAAUGCAGAAAAGAUGCACACACUACUGUUUACAGGAAACAUUGGCGUCCCUUAACUGACGAGCAAAAACAAAACCCACGACUUGCUUCAGAUUGUUCACACUGGUGUCUUCCUGGAGUUCCUGAUACUUGGAAUGAACUUCUCUUGGCUUACAUUUUCUGGUUUCAAAAUUGAGCGGAAAAUUCUUUAAAACUAAUAGGAAAUAAUGGACUUGGUUUCUGUCCAUUAUUGGGUUAUGUCCAUUAAUAUGUACUUGGUUUCUGUCCAUUAUAAGUAUGCAAUAUAGGAAACUAUUUAAGCAUUUAGAUUACUAUAAAUAUUUAUUUUUGUCUUA